AUGGCGCCCACUCCCUCGCCCCUCGAGGGCAAGAAGCGCCGCAUCGCCGUGAUGACCAGCGGUGGUGACUCGCCUGGAAUGAAUGGAGUCAUCAGGGCUGUCGUCCGGACUGCCAUUGAGAAAGGCUGCGAAGCAUACUGUGUCAAGGAAGGAUAUGAAGGCUUGGUGCAGAACUGGAUCGAAAAGAAGAACUGGUCCGAUGUCCGCGGCUUACUAUCAGAAGGAGGCACAUCAAUCGGAUCAGCACGAUGCAUGGCCUUCUACGAACGUCCCGGCAGGCUGAUGGGCGCCAAGAAUAUGGUCCUGAAUGGCAUCGACGCUCUCAUAAUCUGCGGUGGUGAUGGCUCCCUCACAGGGGCCGACAAGUUCCGCGCCGAAUGGCCUGGCUUGCUAGAGGAGCUGGUCGCGAAGAAGGAGUUGACCGAGGCGCAGGUCAAGCCGUUCAAGCACCUCAACAUCGUUGGCCUUGUGGGCUCAAUCGACAACGACAUGUCGGGCACGGAUGCUACCAUUGGUGCGUACUCGGCCUUGAGCAGGAUAUGCGAGAUGGUCGACUACAUCGAGGCUACAGCAUCAUCACACUCUCGAGCAUUCGUCAUCGAGGUGAUGGGCAGACAUUGUGGGUGGUUGGCGCUCAUGGCCGGUGUCGCAACUGGCGCCGAUUUUGUUUUCAUCCCAGAGAAGCCACGCUCCGGAAACUGGAAGCAGGAGAUGUGCAGAAUUGUGGCCAAGCAUCGUCAAAUCGGAAAGCGGAAGACCAUAGUUAUUGUUGCGGAAGGUGCUCACGAUCAAGACGGCAAGAAAAUUAAUUCGGAGAUGAUCAAGGAUCUUCUUGCUGAUAAGAACGGCCUCGCCUUGGAUACCCGCAUCACAACUCUUGGUCACGUCCAACGAGGAGGCGUUGCUUGUGCUUACGAUCGUAUGCUCUCAACUCUGCAAGGGGUGGAAGCAGUCAAUGCAGUUUUGGAGGCAACACCAGAAACACCCACGCCUUUCAUUGCCGUCACGGAGAACAAAAUCGCUCGCAAGCCCCUUGUCCAGGCUGUUGUAGACACAAAAGAAGUUGCCAAGGCUAUUGAGGCACGCGAUUUUGACAAGGCGAUGUCCUUGCGGGAUACCGAGUUUGCAGAUGUAUACCAGUCAUAUAUGACCACGACUGCAACAGGGUUCGAUGAUACAAUGAAGGUUCCUGCAAAGAAGCACAUGCGGAUCGGCAUCAUUCACGUCGGGGCUCCCGCAGGUGGUAUGAAUGCUGCGACCAGAGCGGCAGUAGCAUACUGUAUCACCCGGGGUCACACUCCUGUUGCUAUUCAUAAUGGGUUUGCAGGCCUCGCUCGCCAUCAUGACGACAAGCCUGUGGGAGCAGUCCGUGAUUUUGACUGGCUCGAAGUCGAUAACUGGGCUAGCAAAGGAGGAUCAGAGAUUGGCACAAAUCGUGAGCUUCCAUCCGAGUCUGGACUGGAACUUCUCGCAAGUCUCUUUAAAAAGUACGACUUCGAUGGCCUCUUCAUAGUCGGUGGGUUUGAAGGCUUCCAUGCCCUCUCUCAACUUCGCAAGGCGCAAAAAGACUACUCCCCAUUCUGUAUACCUAUGGUACUUCUUCCAGCCACCAUCUCAAACAACGUACCAGGAUCCGAAUACUCCCUAGGCUCGGAUACGUGUCUGAAUGAACUAGUUCGUUACUGUGACACCAUCAAGCAGUCUGCAUCGGCAUCCCGCCGUCGGGUCUUCGUCAUCGAGACUCAAGGUGGCCGCUCCGGCUACAUUGCUACUCUCGCCGGUCUUGCCGUUGGCGCAGUAGCCGUCUACACCCCAGAAGAGGGCAUUGACAUCAACAUGCUCGCCGCCGACAUCAAGCACCUGAAGCAAGUCUUCGCCGAAGAUUCUGGGCAAUCCCGAGCCGGUAGACUCAUCCUCGUCAACGAGAAAGCCUCCAAGGUCUACACCGCCAAGCUCAUCGCCGACGUAAUCCGAGAAGAAGCAAACAACCGCUUCGAAUCCCGCGACAGCAUCCCCGGCCACGUGCAACAAGGCGGCGUUCCCUCACCCAUGGACCGCACCCGCGCCGUUCGUCUCGCUAUCAAAUGCAUUGAACAUUUGGAGACAUACGAAGAUAGAUCUGACAAGAAGAUCCUGGAGGACCCUCAGGCGGUGACGGUUAUUGGUAUCAAGGGCGCGAAAGUUGUGCUCAGUCCUAUGAAGCAGGUUGAGGAGAACGAGACCGAUUGGGCGAAUAGGCGGCCGAAAGACGAGCAUUGGCUUGAGUUUAAGCAUGUGGUUGAUGUGCUGAGCGGACGGCCCGAUGUUCCGCGGCCGGAGAAGCCACUGGUAGGGUUCAAGGCGAAGGAUAGUAAGCGGGGUUUGAUCUGA